CAAUUCCCAAACCCUGGCUCAUUUCUCAAGCCGACGCCGAGCGUCUGCGCUUGGUGUCCCCACUCCCCCUCACUCGCACCGCACACCACUGUCCUUGGUAUAGCUAGCUAGCGCCGGCGGCCAUGGAGUUGGCCGUGGGCGCUUCAGAAGCGACCAUCAAGUCGCUGCUGGGCAAGCUCGGUGGGCUUCUAGCGGAAGAGUAUGCCUUGGCUCGCGGCGUCCGGGGCGACAUCCAGUUCAUCAACGACGAGCUGGCCAGCAUGCAGGCCUUCCUCGGCAACCUGAGCAGCAACGGCAACGACGGACACGACGACCAGACAAAGGACUGGAUGAAGCAGGUCCGCGACGUCUCCUACGACAUCGAGGACUGCGUCGACGACUUCUCCAACGGCAUCCGUCCCGACCACCAGGGCGACGACUGCAUGUCCACCAUCUACCGCUUCCUGUACGAGCUCUGGACGAUCCGUCGCCGCCGCAGCAUCGCGGCCCAGAUCGCAGAUCUCAAGGAACGGGCCAAGGACGUGGGUGAGCGCCGGAGCAGAUACGGCGUGCGCGACCCUGAGGCCGGCAAGAAGAAGAGCAGCUUGAGCGGGUAUUCCGCCGCUGAGCACCAGGAGGCAGCCCGUCGGCUCAUCGGCAUCAAGGAGCCCGUGGGAGUAAAAGGUCACAUGAACACUCUCGAGGACUGGAUCGUCGACGCUGACAACAAGAACCUGGGCGUGCUGUCCAUCUUCGGGUUUGGCGGAGUCGGGAAGACCACGGCCGCCUUGGCGCUCUACCGCAAGUGCGGCGUUCAGUUCACGCGCCGGGCAGUCAUCACCGUGUCCCAUAACACGGACCCUGAUGUAGCCCUCCGUGAAAUACUCACACAAGUCAAGACUCAGAUGGAGGUCAAGAAGGAUCAGCAGAUCAAUAUCAUCUCCGACAUACAGCAUCAAGCUCCCCGGUUGCUCAGCAGGUUGUGCAAAAUUAGCCUCUGCUGCGGCAAUCAAGACGAGGAUGGCAAGCCCACUCACAGGGAGCACGAGGCCAUAACAAAGGACCUGCGGAAGCACCUCCAGGACAAUAGGUACUUGCUGUUAAUUGAUGAUGUCUGGUCGGCAUCUACAUGGCAGACAAUCUUGAAGUGUUUGCCAGCAAAUGAUGCUGGCAGCAGAAUAAUAGUCACAACAAGAUUUGAAGCUGUUGCGAGGACAUCACUUGUUGGCCACCAUAAGAUACACACUAUGAAUAUCCUAUCGGAGGUUAAUGCCAAGGAAUUAUUUGAGAACAGUUUGUCAGAGAGCAGGUUUACCCAAGGCAGCAAGGCAAUUCAGAAUGAUCAAGUUCCACCCAGAGUCUGGGGGGUGUGCGGCGGACUGCCACUGCCCAUAGUCACCAUGGCUGGUCUUGUGGCAUCCAACAAGCAGGCAAAGCCACAGGAAUGGAUUGAAGUUUGCGAGACUUUGUUUCCAGAGAAGCAAGUGUGCCGCAAACCCGAGGAGUUUAUGAGGAUAAUCAAUUACUGCUACAAUGUCUUGCCUAGUGAUAUCAAGACUUGCUCCUUGUACCUCUGCAUAUUCCCGAAGGGCCGCUGGAUCAGCAGGAAGAGGCUGAUCAGGCGAUGGAUUGCCGAAGGUUUUGUCAGCGAGAAGCAAGGGUUGAGCGUGGAGGAUGUCGCGGAGGCAUACUUCAAUCAGCUGAUUGAAAGGAAGAUAAUACGACCCGUAGAACACAGCAGCAAUGGAAGGGUGAAGAGCUGCCAAGUCCAUGACAUGGUCCUUGAGUACAUCAUAUCCAAGGCAGGUGAAGAGAAUUUUGCCACUGUGGUUGGCGGCCAGUGGUCCAUGCCAACACAAAGCAACAAAGUCCGACGGCUUUCCUUCCACAACAGUGCGAAGAAAGAUGAUGGGAUGAACUUGUCCCAUGUCAGAUCACUGACGGUGUUCGGUAGCCUGAACCAACAGUCUUUAAGAUCCUUCAAGGCCGGGAUAGUGCAAGUACUAGACCUCCAAGGCUGCAAUGAUUUAAAGGCGAGUCAGGUGGUCAAGGAUAUCUGUGAAAUGACUCUACUCAAGUACCUAAGCCUCCGAGGAACAAACGUCAGGAUGCUGCCCCAGGACAUAAAAUAUCUCAAGUACUUGGAGACUCUUGACAUAAGGGAGACAGAGAUUCAGGAGCUUCCAGGACAUGUAUGUCACCUGGAACGCAUAAGAAACAUACUUGGCGGAGAUAAGAAAAAAAGGAAAACCAUCAAGCUUCCUGCGGAGUUCAAGGGAGCAAUGAAAGAACUGCACAUACUGUCAGGGGUUGAGAUUGUUCAGGGAUCGACCGCUGCAUCAGAUAUUCAGAUGUUAACCAGAAUGACCAAAUUAGCCAUUUACAAGCUCCACAAAAAUGAUGAGAUGUUCAAGGAUUUGCUCUCCUCGAUCCAGUACCUCAGUGGCUAUGCUCUGCAAAAUCUUGUGAUUAAUGACGAGUCAUCUGAUUUUUUCGACACACUUGACUCCAUGUCGGCUCCUCCAACAUACCUGAGUGCUCUUGAGCUGUCUGGCAAGUUGCUUGAACUCCCCCAGUGGCUCCCGAAACUUGACAAGCUUAUCAAGUUAACCCUUUCGGGCACAGCUCUCCGAGCAGAUAAUCUGGUGCUUCUUAGCAAGCUACGUUCAUUGUUUUCACUAACCUUUUCAGUUAGUACAGAAAAUAAUGACGCUGAUAUGGCAGCCAUUCUCGCAAAAAAUAAGUCUGACUCUGGAGGAGAGAUCUUUGUGCCAGUUGAGGGUUUCAAUAAUCUCAAGCUGCUUCGCAUAUUUGUGCCUCUUCUUCCAGUGCUGAACUUUUCAAAGAACUGUAUGCCAGAGCUUGAAAGGCUUGAACUCCGUUUCAAAAGGUUGGAAGGUCUUCAUGGUAUGGACAAACUUAAAAAGCUCCAUGAUGUGCUUUUAACAGUUGAUCACAAAGCAGGUGAGCCUACAAAGAUGGUAUUGGAUGAUUUGAAGAAAAGUUCAUUAAAACAGAAGUACGCUCUGACUGUUAAUGAGUCUCACGGUUGACUGCUGAAGCAUCUCCAUUGUGCUUGACCAGGAGACUAUUAGAAGUUGAUCUGAAAUUAUCUAGAUCUCUAUGUUUAAGCAGACAUCUGUUUCUUGCUGCUCGUAUCUUAAAUUAUUUAGAUGCAUAUUUGCGUAAAAUAUUUUGCUGUAUUGCUCCAGAUUGGUUUGAUCCUCUAUUACAGCGGUGUUGUAAGGAUGCGCUGAAACCUACUUAAUUUUUUUAUUUCAAGUUAUGAACACUUCAAGGCAUUGAUGCCAUGAUACUGUCUUGCCAGUGCAGAAGACAUACAAACAAGGAGAAAGAUGGUAAGCAGCAUCAAGAUGAAGGAAGCUGUUGCAUCAUUUUUUUAACGAAACGGUGAUUAAACAUUUAUUGUAUCAUUUUGUAUAUCUUCGUUUUUCUAUCUCUAAUGUUUCUAAUUCGUGAUACCAUUACUGUAUUGUGUUGUAACGUCACACUUCUUUCAAAUCUCUGUUUAUUCAUGUCAGGAUGUUUCUGAUGUAAUCAUAAAAUAACUAUUUGUGCCAAAUAAACACAAAUUUUGUUUC